ACAUCCAGAAACAGUCCGUUUUAAAGAUUUGGACCAGCAGGUCAUAAAUAGUAAUAUGUGCACGUAUUAUUUUGUUGUCGUCAUUCUAGCCUGGGCUUCUCGUGAGGUUCUUGCUAACAAAACGGACAAUCCGCUGCUAAUUGAUCAAUUGGCUAUAAAUCAGCAACAAUGGUUCACAUACAAUGCGGUGAAGGAAAGUGAAAUACAACAGAAAAUUGUGAGGAUCGAAAGAUCGAUUGAAGAACGAUUGAUGGCCAUGCAAAGCAAGUUGGCAUACGCACUGCAUGAGCUGCAGACCAUAAUGGGCAACCAGAGCGUGGAGACUCUCGAGAAACUACGAAUCUCGCACAGGAUCAAUCCAGCGCUUAUCCAGAAAAUAGGCACAAGACGCUUCUACAUUGAGAAGGAAAACAAGCAAAAUUGGUUUGGCGCCUCAAACGCCUGCCGUCGAUUGGGCGGUCACAUAGCCACCAUCCAGGAUGAGCAGGAGUUUAAUGAGAUCUUCUCAAGAACGCCGGCCGGUGUCUUUUGGAUAGAUAUCAGUGCUAUGUUCAAGAACGGCCACUUCGCAUCAUCACUAACCGGCAGAUCGCCGCCGUUCUUUAAAUGGAAGAAAGAAGAGAGGGCCAAUAAGUACGAUUGCGUUAAUGUAUACAACAAGGAAAUGUACAAUGAACAAUGUUUCAACACGCAUUUGUUCAUAUGUCAAGCCGAGCAGUGGGAUUAAUGCGAAUGCGAAAAAAAUUAAUCAAGUUAUUUUCAUUUUGCAUCUCUGCAAUUCACCGUCAGCUUUUAAUAAAGUUAUGAGCCUAUUGUCUUAUUUA